AUGGCACCCCCAGACAAAUCACAGUACGGAAAGCUGAGUCUAGCACAGAAGCUGGGACUGGCCUUCAAUUUGAUUCCUUUACCGGUAGUGUUGUUGUGGAAGGUGGUGACAACGUCGUAUGCAGGGUAUAACCAAGAUCGGACGCUGAAGCGCAUCAUGGGAGACGCGUUCUUGUGGUAUACUGGAGGUCUCGGGGUUCCGCAGUUGCAAUGCAUUCUUGGGACGGACCAGCACAUUUAUCAGACGUGGACAAAAGCAAACAAGCUGCCAAGUACGGUCGACGAGUUGGGGGAUGAUGCGCGCCUGUUUUGGAUUGGACCCAAGCGAACCGAGCGCGUUGUGUUAUUUUUGCAUGGGGGAGGUUUCUUGUUGCCAACGUCUGAGCAUUCGAUAUCGUUUUGGAGGUACACACAGCUGGAACUCGAGAAGAAAGGCGUCGAAAUCGGUGUUGCCGUGCUUGAAUACACGCUUGCGCCAUACGCAACUUUCCCAACUCCGCUCAACCAAGCCCGCCUGGCACUCAAUUUCCUAUUCGAAGCUGGUGUAAAGCCAUCCGAUCUCCAGAUUGUUGGCGAUUCUGCUGGAGGAAACCUGACUCUCCAAAUCCUUUCCCACAUCCUCCACCCGCUGCCAUCUGUUCCACUCAUUUCCCUCCCAGCGCCAAUCCAAAGUGCGAUGCUCGUUUCGCCAUGGAUCAGCCUCUCCGCAUCAAGCCCGUCACACAAGUCUAACGAUGGCCACGACUUUGUGUCUCUGAGCACCAUGUCCGCAUGGGGACCCCAAAUCCUCAGAGACGUCCCGGCUGAGCAUCGCGCGUUUGCCGAGGCGGUCUCGGCACCAGAAAACUGGUUUGUCGGGGCGGAGAAGGUUUUCCAGCACGUGUUGAUCUCUGCGGGUGGCGCAGAGCUAUUGAAGGACGACAUCGAGUCGUUUGCAGAGGCGUUCAAGAAGCAGCACAACCAAACCGAGUUUGUCGUGCAGCCGAACGGGAGGCAUCAAGACAUGUUUUUGGACUUUUUCGUUGGAGAGAAGAAGGUCGGGAUGCUGACUCCGUUGACGAUAGAGUGGCUGGCGGCAAGGUUUUCCGAGUGA